AUGACGCGCACUACCUUCACCUUGCUGGUCUCGGCCUUCCUCCUGGCCUUCGUCUUCACCGCGAGAGCCCAGUCCUCUCUAUGGGUGCGCCCCGGUGGCUGCGACACCUCCACCUGCGGUUCGUCGUGCAACGGAACGUUCGAGUGCCCGCUCGACACCAUUCAGGAUGCCCUCGAUGAGCUGCCCUACGGCGGCACUGUGCUCCUUUUCCCCGGCACCUACUCUGGCGAGGGCAACUCCAACAUCACCCUCAAGGGCGCCCAGUACACCAUCAACUCUGGUCAAGGCGUGCAGCUCGCCACCAUCGAUUGCGGCGGCAGGCCCGGCUUCACGGUCGAGAAUGGCAACGCCAUCAUCGCCGGCGUGAUCGUCAACAACUGCCAGAGGCCCGGUGGCAACGGCGGCGCCUUCUAUACUCGCUACGCCAACAUCGCCCUGCAGGGCGUCAAGGUGACCAACAGUGGGGCUGACAAGGGCGCGGCCUUCUACCUGGAAAACGGCAGCGGCACGAUCGCCCGCAGCUACUUCACCUCCAACACGGCCACCACCACUGGCGGGGGCAUCUACGUCACCGGCAGCCAGCUCGACCUCAUCGAGUCCAACAUGACCGGCAACUCGCCUAACGAUAUCGCUUGCGCGGGAGCCACCAUCAACCAGCCCAGGCCCGCCAUCGAGACCGGUGAAGUGGAGUGCCUCAGCGGCUGCAACUCUCCCCUCUGCUCUGCCUAA